AUGAUGUUAGAUUUAGAUAAUCAAGCACAAUCUAUUCUAACUUGUUUUGACAAGGAAAAGGAGGAAACUAAAAGCAAAUAUCAGGUUCUCUUGAAUGCUUCGAUUGAUGUUGCAAGGUUUCUUUUAAAAGAAGGAAUGCCUUUUCAAGGCCAUGAUGAAAGUGAAACUUCCGCAAGAAGAGGAAACUUUUUAGAUCUCUUAAAGUGGUAUGCCGAUAAGAAUGAAGAUGUGAAACAAGUUGUGUUAGAGAAUGCUCCACAAAAUGACAUCAUGAUUUGUCCAAGUAUCCAAAAAGACAUUGUGAGUUCUUGCGCAAAAAAAACAAUGAAAGCAAUUGUUGAAGACUUAAAUGGGGAUUACUUUGGGAUAUUACUUGAUGAGUCUAAGGAUGUCUCUCAUAAAGAACAAAUGGCUCUUGUUUUGCGGUAUGUCAACAAAGAGGGUUCUUUUAAGCGUAGGGAGAUGCUUAGAGAUGAUCAAGCAGAAAAAUUAAAGGAACUACUAGUUCUCGGGGAUACACGCUGGAGUUCUCAUUUUAAGACAGUGCGUAACUUUAUUAGUUUAUUCUCCUCAAUUAUUCAUGUACUUGGAGUUCUUGCUAAGGAGGGUUCAAAUUAUCAAGAGAGAUCACUAGCAAAAAGUUUAGUAGAUGACAUAAGAUCUUAUGAGUUUAUGUAUACAUUGCAUUUGAUGUUGAAAGUGUUGGCAAUUACACAUGAUUUGAAUAUGGUCUUGCAAAGAAAAGAUCAAGAUAUCGUAAAUGCGAUGAACCUUGUUGGUUUCACAAAGAGACAAUUGCAAUCUAUGAGAGAGUCUAAAUGGGAUUCUUUGGUAAAAGAUGUCUCUUCAUUUUGUGUCAAGCAUGAUAUUGUGAUCCCCGAAAUGGAUAAGAAUUAUGCUCUUGGAAAAUCAAAGCGUAAGAUCUCAAGUGUCAAAUAUUCUCAUCAUUUGCGUGUAGAAGUUUUUAAUACUGUCAUUGAUUUGCAACUUGCAGAGCUUAACAAUCGUUUUGAUGAAGUGAAUACUGAUCUACUUCUUGGUAUGGCUAGAUUUGAGUCCAGAUAA